AUGCAGCCGUUCGACGAGAUAUCAAGCACGGAGCUGGGCCUCGAGGACGACGUCCUGAUAAGUUCCCACAUGUCAUCACCACAGGAUCGCUACCUGAACGGCAUCCCAAAAUGGAUGAGACCAUCGGGAUCAGGUUCUCAUACAACAACGCUCGGCCGGAUCCGCCAUGAAUUCCUGCCCACUGUCACCAAGUGGACCACAGCGGCCAUACACCGUCUCACGCCAGUGAUAUUACCCCUCCUCCGGCCGCGCCUCACCUUCCGCUACGUCCUCUUCUCCAUCGCCGCGCUUUGGGUGACGUACCGCGUCCUGGUAUCACAGCCCCUGCUCUCCAACAGGCUCCCCGGAUACACCGGGCCAUAUCGCGUUGGGGCGGUCGAUGUCGAGUAUCCGCUUGAGACACCCAGGCGGGUCAGCGAUGCCAGGUUCAAGUCGAAAUCGGACGGCGACUAUGCCUUCGAGGUCGAGACGGUGCUGUUCACGCUCUACUACCCUACAUCGCACAAGGCCAGGGGUUCCGCGGCGGAGAAGUACUACUGGUUCCCGAAGCCCGUAUCUGCCACCGCAAAGGGCUACGCCCGCUUCCUCGGGAUGGACAACUUCCUGUUCAGAGGCGUCCUCACCGGAGGGCUGUGGCUCGUGGCCAGCGGCAUCCAGAUCCCAGCCGAGGUCGGCGCGCCUCUCAUCCCACCAGCUGAGCUCUUGAAUAUCAACGGCACCGGAGGGGAACUGGGAAGUGUAGCAGAUGAAGACGAAGAUGGGCAAAAGUUACCCGUCAUGAUCUUCACCCACGGCAUGCUCAGCUCUAGGACAGAUUACACACACUACUUGGGCGAGCUAGCCAGCCGCGGCGUGGUCGUCGCGGCCAUCGAGCAUCGCGAUGGCUCGUCGCCUGCAAGCCCGAUCAUCAAGCCAGGGGAGGAGGCAGCUCCCCGGUGGAGGUACGCCUUUGGUCUCAAGGACCUGGCGCCCCCGCCAGAGGGCGGCGACACGUUCGACACCCCAGCCCUGAAAGAAGCCCAGCUCUCCUUCCGCGAGGCCGAGAUCGAGGCCACUGUGAACGUGCUUCGCACGCUUGACUCGGGGCCCUCCUCCAAGCCCGUCCCCAACCCCCGCCAGCCGCGCAACACGGACAUGUCAAGCUUCAAGGCCCGCCUCAACACCACUCACCUCACCAUCGCCGGCCACUCCUACGGGGGCACAGGCGCCCUACGCGCCCUGCGAUCCAGCCCGGGCCGCGAAUCAAGGCUCCCCUCCUCUGGCGCCGUGAUCCUAGACCCAGGAAAGUCGAGCGGGCCUCUCAAUGCCGACAUCUCAGUACCACUGGCCAUCUGCCACAGCAGCACGUGGAGCAAGCCCGGGCCCGCCCUGUUCUAUGGGCGGCCGCACUUCGAGGUGGUGCGGGACAUCGUGGACGGCGUCAACAACAAGACUCACACCGGAGCGCGCGACUCAGGAGAAGACAAUGACGAGAAGAAGAAAGGCGGCCACGGCGGGGCCGGCGGAGGCUGGUUCCUGACCUCCCUGGGGACGGCCCACCCGUCCAUCACCGACGCGCCCCUGCUCGAGCCGCUCCUCCUGUCGUGGGCCACGGGCUCGAGCAUGGACGCGCGCGACGGGAUAAUGCAGUACGUCCUCGCCACCAGGGACUUCGUGCGUUACCAGCACACGGGCGAGCGGCGCGGCGUGCUGGCGCUGUCCGGGAGGAACAGGGAGGACGGCGGCGCGGCCAGCAGGGAGUAUGACCCCGGGCACAACCAGGGGAUGCCGAAGCCGUGGCGCAAGUAUUGGCAGAUUCACGUAGCGCCGGAUUGA